UCAUUAUAGAGAAUUAUGUCAGGGAAAACCUCAGAAAGGAAACCAUCCAGCAACAGGAACAUGAAGAAGCUCCGUGCUGUGAGCAUGGUGUGCAACCUGACGAGCAGCUGGCAGCAGUGGGUGACGGAGAACGAGAGCAAACAGGCCAGUGAGCCCAGCGGCUGGGCUCCUGACUCACUCAGAGGAGAAAAAGAGGAACCACGAAAGACAUGGACCCCUAAAAAGCCCCCUUCUAUCCAAACCCAAACAGCUGCUGAAAACCAUGCAGAGGCUCCAACAUCUCAAGGGGCAUCAGGCAGUGAGAAGGUUCAGACUUCAGAAGAGCCUCUGGUGACAUCUUGCAUCAAAACAAAGCAGGUGGUGAAGACGGUGACCAGCAGCGUUCAGGAGAAAGGUGCAGGGAUCGGCCUCCUGACUGAGAAGAUACAGAAGGAAUCUCUGCCUUCAGGCGAGGAGAUCGACAGGUUGCUGAAGAAGAGAAGCUCUCCCACGCGCCGCAGGAAGUGCUCCAACAUGGUGUCCUCUUUGACUAAAAGUUGGAAGCAGGUGGAGAAGAAAAACCUUGUUAAAGAAGGAGGAGGAAAUGGGACAGAAAAAAAAGAAGAAAUUAUCAGAUCGGACAAAGAGGAUGUUCAAAAACAGGAAGCACACAUUUUAAAAGCAGAGGAGGAAGAUGACUCUGAGGAAGAAUCAGUGAGGAUAAAAAGACCACCAGUCUCUAUAUACAAAAAAGAAGCUGAGGAUGCCAACAAGAUCAACGCUCUCUCCAAGAAGCACAGCGCCGUGGGAAACCUCAAGAGCCGCUGGCAGAACUGGGCCGUGGAGCACACCGUCACCCAGAAGUUGAACCCCUUCAGCGAAUACUUCGACUACGAUUACUCCAUGUCCCUCCGACUCCAGAAAGGCCAGGAGGGUUACGGACGCCCCAAGGAGGGCACCAAGACUGCAGAGAGGGCCAAACGGGCCGAGCAACACAUCCACCGUGAGAUAGACGACAUGUGCUACGUGAUCAGGACUUUGGCUGAUCCGGACCCUGAUGGGAAGACCCGUGUCACAUUCGGACAGCUUUUUGACAGGUACGUUCGGAUCUCUGAUAAGGUGGUGGGCAUCCUGAUGAGAGCCAGGAAGCACGGGAAGGUGGCGUUUGAAGGGGAGAUGUUGUGGCAAGGCCAGGAUGAUGGAGUGAUCAUUACUCUGCUGGUGUGAACUGGGUCGGAGCUGAACCAGGAAACCUGCUGAUGGGAACUGAGAUGGUACCGU